AUGGUGUCGGGCACGCAGGCCAAGGCGGCCACGGGCUGCGGCCUCUUGCUCAUGGUCAUGGGCGGCGCCCUCAUCCCGGUCAUCGAGGCGCUGCUGCGCGACGCCGUGCGCAACGCCGUCGUCAUCGACAGCGACGACGAGUGGAAGGACGCCUACACGGGCCUGAGCAACGCCUACGACGCCUACGCGUGGAACUGCACGAACCUCGGCGCCGUGCUCGCGACCGGCGCGAAGCCGCGCUUCUCCGAGGUGAGCGUCGAGAUGACGUACGUCGAGGAGAACUGGGACCUCGAGUGGGUCGGCGGCUGCAGCGACAAGGACCCGGACAAGUGCACGAAGUUCAAGUACAAGUCCUGGUGGAACUACUACGCCCAGGACGACGCCGCGGACGCGCGGAUGGACCUCGAGGUCGUCGGCGUGAACCCCGUCUACCUGUCCGCGAUCGCCGACUUCGGCGGCACGGAGUCGAACCUCUUCUACGGCCUCUCCUACGUCGUCGUCCAGAACGUCUGGCUCAUCAUGGACGGCGUCGUCGCGACGGUGCGCUACCAGGGCGUGCCCACGUACCUCAACGCCGUCGCCUACGUCCUGAUGUCGUCCUACGGCGCGUUCUUCCCGGACUACGACGCGGUGGCGAACCAGUGGGGCACGCUCGGCGUCUUCUUCGGGUCGUCGCUCGCGGGCGUCGACCCGGCGAUCACGACCUGGGAGCUCGUCACGAACGCCGCGGACGCGAUCGCGCUCGAGGACGCGGAGGAGCUCUGGUCGACGACGUCCGCGUACUCCCUCGUCGCCGACGCGGCCUACCAGGCGACGUGGCUCGCGGCGCUCGGCGGCGACGCCGACGCGCUCGCGGGCUGCGAGGCCCACUUCGACAGCGGUACGGCGGCGACGGUGCUGACCUGGCUCGCGGCGCUCGUCGACAAGUCGAACCCGUACUACUUCGCGGCGAUCAUGCAGGGGCUGCCCCUCGACCCCGCCGCGGCGGCGCAGGUCUCCGAGUGGGACGACCUCGGCUACCUCCAGUUCGCCAACGGCACGGUGACCAAGGCCCUCUUCGGCGCGGACAGCGUGUUGCCGCUCGGCGCCGUCGACGGCCUCGUCGUCGUCCCGGAGUUCUCGGCCUACGCGGGCGUCGAGCUGACGCUCAACGAGUCCAAGGCCUUCUUCGACGUCUUCGGCGACGCGACGGCGUCGCUGGCGCUCGUCUACGGCCUCCUCGCCGCGCAGAGCGGCGACUUCUCGCUCUUCGUGGACCCGGCGUACCCGCCGACGGGCUUCUCCCUCGCGAACUACAUGACCUACGCGGUCUACCUCUACGACUACCUGCCCAAGACCCUGUUCCUGAAGGGUUUUGUUAUUGGCUACAUGCGCGACGCGGCGACCGUCGCGGCGGACCCGACGGCGGCGGACGCGGCGUCGCUCUACUUGAACGCGGACGGCACGGGCCAGUUCAACAGCGGCCUCUUCUGCCGCCGGACGCUCCGGGAGCUGCUCUUCGGGUACCACGACCAGAUCUUCAACCUCGUGCCCCCGGAGCUGAGCACGCGGGCGCUGGCGUACAACGGCGUGCUCGGAUUUCAGUACGAGUCCCUGGCCGCGCAGGCCGCGACGGACCCGGCGCCGCCGCUGACCUACGGCAAGCACAGCGGCGCCGACGACCUGGACAAGAUCUCGGGCUACUUCCUCUGGCGCGACGCGACGGAGAUGGUCGACCGCGCGGACAUCCCGAACAAGGACUCGUCCGAGUACUCGUGCGCGACGUACGCGCUCCAGGGCUUCGACAUGUACCCCUCCGGCUUCGAGUCCUGCGACAUCUUCAUCGACACGGUCGUCGACCCGUCGGCGGGCGAGAGCCACACGAACCGCGUGCCGCCCUUCAAGGAGGAGGACCGCGUCGACUCGUACACGCUCUGGAUCACGGAGGCGUUCCGCCACGUGACGAUAGAGUACGACGAGGACACGGAGGUGCGCGGCAUCGCCGCGCGCAAGUACGUCCUCGAGCCGACCCAGUUCUACACCGCGGACUGCGGCCUCGAGCCGGACCGGUGCAACGCCGACAACGCGCGGUACCGCAUGGACGCGACGCCGUCCUACGUCGUGCCCAUGGCCACGGCCCAGGGCGGCGCGCCCGUCGUCGUCGCCUUCCCGGCCCUCGGGCUCACGGAGGCUAUCUGGCGCGACCCUUUUGAUGGUUUGCCGGACUACGACGAGUCGAAGCACGGCACGUACAUCGUCAUCGAACCGCUCACGGGCGUCUUCAUCGCGGGCCACCAGCGCCUCCAGUACACCUGGAGCCUGAACAGCGGCGUGCUGGACUCGGGCAUCUGGUGGCACGUCUUCGACCGCACGGCGGCGACGAACGGCCAGCUCUACUGGCCCCAGGUCUGGCUCGACAAGAACGACAAGAUCUCGCCGGCGCAGGCGCGCAAGUUCCGCAAGUUCAUCUACGGCACGCGCACGCAGGCCCUCGCCUGGGCCAUCAUCAUCGGGGCGCUGGGCCUCGGCCUCUUCGGCGUCGGCUGCUACGGCCUCUUCGCCGGCGGCGCCAAGGUCGCGCCGGGGUGUUCCGGCAGCGGCCGGCGUCGCAGCGCCUCCGCCGCGCCGCUCGACACGAUGCCGUCGCGGCGCACGGUGCUCGUGUCCGUCGUCCUCGCGUUCCCGCUGCUGCUCGUGUUCCUGAACCUGCGCAAGGUGUUGCAGCAGACCUCCAGCCGCCAGCCCGCGCGGCUGCGGCGCGCCGGCGAGCAGCGCAACCGGACGCGCGCGACGCGCGACUUCGUCGCCGGCGUGCUGUCGACGCUCGGCGGCGACGCCGAGGACGACGGCGACGACGCCGUCGCGGAGUCGCUCGACGCCGUCGCCGCGGAGCGGCGCGGCGGCGCGGCGACGGAGCGAGCGUCGACGGACGUCGACGCCGCGGAGCGGCUCAUCUCGCGCCUCGAGGCGUCCGCGGACGUCGCGGAGCGGCUCGUCGCGGACCAGCAAUCCGGCGAGACGUCGCGCCACGCCGCGGCGGCCCUCGCCGUCGAGGCCGAGAAGCGCGAGAGCGAGAAGGUCGAGGUCGCCGCCACGGCGACGACGCGGCGCGAGGCGUCGCGGCACGCGGCCACGGAGCGGCCCAUCCCCGAGCUGACCGUGUGCGCGCACGUCGACACGUACUCGCGCGUCGCGCACGCGAAGAAGGGCGACCACGACCCGCUCGAGCACGGGAACGCGAGCCUCUGCGUCGCGCCGCUUAUCCAGCUCAAGGAGAAGCUCAAGGUGCGCCUGGUCCCCAAGGGCGAGUCCGGCGGGAAGCGCGCCUUCUUCCUCAUGACGCAGGGCCUGCGGCAGCACCCGAUGGUCGAGCUCGUGGGCGGGUCGCCGCGGUUCUGCGCGGAUCGCGGCUACCAGCUCGACAAGGCGUCGCCCUGCGAGAAGGACAUCGCGCAGAUCGGCGCGUACCAGGCCGAGGCCGACGUCGCCAUCAUGCUCAUGCCGGCGAACGACCCCAAGUUCUACAGCAGCGGCAAAAUCCUCGCGUACUCGCCGUACCGCUGGGGCAACAACAAGAAGCUCGCCGCGGACCCCGUGGCGAACGUGGGCACCGUCGCGGGCUACGAGACCAUCGCGCACGCCGACGAGAACCCGACGCUCUUCCGCUACGCGCCGCCCGUGCCCGCGAACCGCAUGAUCUUCGUCGACGAGGCGGACUGGUCGAGCUCGCACGGCCACGUCCGCGACGACGCGGCGUCGUACCUGGCCUACUUCAAGCGGUCCUGGGUCCAGAAGGACGGCAAGGCGUCGCCGGUGCGCGCGGCGGGCCAGCGGCACAAGAAGUCCAAGUCCUACUUCCCCAUGCCCUACUCGCUCGCCGACGAAUACGUCGACUCGGCGAAGCUCGGCGACGUCGUCGGCGAGCGGCCCAUCGACGUCGUCUGCACGCUCCGCGACACGCGCGGCGGCCGGGGCCGCGUCCUGCCCUGGCUCCGGGAGUACGCGAAGGCGAAGCAGCUGGAGAACUACCGCCUCGGCCAGCUCUCGUCCGCGGGGCGCACGGUCAUCGACGCGGGCUACCUGUCGACGAUGCGCCAGGCCAAGGUCGUCGUGACCUGCAACCCGACGGGCUGGGAGGGCGACUUCCGCUUGUUCGAGGCGCUGAGCUCGGGGGCGCUCGUCAUGGUCGACCGCAUGGGCACGCCGUACCACCACCCGUUGAUCGACGGCGAGCACGUCGUCUUCUACGACCACACGAACAAGACGGACCUGCUGGAGAAGCUGGACCACGCGCUCAAGCGGCCCCACUGGGCGCGCAAGGUCGGCGUCAAGGGCUACGCCCACGUGCUCCGGCACCACCGCGCGGUGUCGUGGGUCGACUACUUCCUGAGGACCGCGCACGCGAAGAUGCUCGCGGAGCGGGGCGUCGUCGCGGACUACGUGGAGACGGGCCAGGCCAUCCUCGCGCGCACGGAGCUCCCGGACGCCGACGGAUCCGUCAACCGCGACUUCGUCACGAAGCACGAGCACGGCGCGCUCCACUACGCCGCGGCCGAGUUGCUCGACGACGACACGCUCGCGCUCGCGGACAUUUAA